AUGAUAACAUUGUUGACUGUUAUGAGUACGGUAUCACUGGGAAACGAAACAAUGUUCAAAUUCAUGAUGAAAAACUUCGAAUAUCUAAGCACUAAGUUGGAAAAGACUGUAAGAGAAUAUUUUGUUAAAACGUCAUUUAACAAUUUUAGGACAGAAGAAGGACUAGAUAAGGCCACCGAGUUUUAUCAAAGAAACAAACGUAAUUUUGUUUCUGUGGAUGAUAUCAUAAAAAAUGCACUGAAGAAAGUUAAGAUUCAAGUUGAUUGGGUAAGGAAACAUCUUACACCCUUGGACGGGUGGCUCACGAAUGCUUUACAAGAGCCGUGGAGACCACACGAGUUCCAAUUCAGAGAUGUGCCAUCAUUUGUCAUUGGAUAA